AUGCGGCAAAAUUCAAACAUGACAACGAAUUAUGCGAACGUCAGACAAAACUUGUCGCCUCAAAAAAGGGCGUCAAUCCCCCCGCCGCCUCAAACAACGGCGCCAAACCCCCCAGAAGAGUCCCCCUACUCAAUGACCGAACAACUCCUUCGAGAAAGACUCCAACGUCCUGUUUAUGGCCACCUCCCCAGACAAAUCUACGCAGGCUUUUUAGCAUGUCUCGCAUCGCUCUCCUUCGGCACCGCUCUUGGAUGGACGAAUUCCGUUUCCCAACACGGGUACCAAGUGAAAACCGACCAGUCCACAUCGAGCGAAGUUAGUUGGCUUAUAAGCAUCAUGUUGCUCGGCUGUAGCCUCGGAGUCACGUCGAGCUCACUACUCAUGCGUCAGAUGGGCCCCAAAAAAGUCCUCCAAGCGGUCGGACCUUUCUACAUCUUCAACUGGUGGAUCACCCUCGUUCCUCAAGUGAACGUCCAAAUGGCAGGACGCUUCUUUUUGGGGUUUCUGGGGAUGUCGUACUCCAAUGCAGGCGAAAAUCUGCUUAUACAGACCAUUGACUUCGGUCUUCGGCGCUACAUUACCGUGCUCUACAACUCCAUGAUGAUUAUGGGUGUAUUCAUCAGUCGUGUUAUCGCUGCAGCAACUACCACCUUCUGGUUGACGGUAAUUUGUGCAAGUUUCCCGAUUCUCCACUAUGCGUUGAUUCAAGUAGUUCCAGAGAGUCCCGUUUUUUUGUACGCGGGAGGCCACGAACUGGCGGCUAAAUCUCUAGCAUGGUACCGGGGAGAAGGUAAUUUUUACAUGGAUAUGGCCAACAUUAAGAAAGACUGGGACGCGUCCAGACAGGACUCAGAUGCUUAUCAAUACAUGCUUUUCUCCAGAGUCGUCUAUAGACCUCUUCUCGUUGUAAUGUGCGUGGUUUUUUUUCAAAUCUGUGCAGGCUACUUGAUCUUCAUGUUUUACACUCUUGAAGCGUUGACCGACGGUAAGGUCGUCUUCAGUCCUUUUGCAGAUUCCUGUAUAUUUGCUAUAUACUUUGUUUUUACUAAAAUGUUGUGGGGUUAUCUGCACACUAGAUUCUCGUGGAAAGUGAGAGGUUUUCUCAUAUCUAGUUGUCUUUUUACAAGUGCAAGUCUUGGUCUUUUCAGUUUGUAUCUGCUAUUAAAUCAGUACGACAUUGACCUUAUGAUUAAUACUGAGUGGAAUCUGUUGGUGAUUGCCUUUUUUUUCCUUUUCUCUUACGACAUGGGUCUAAACCAUUUUUCUAAAAUACUCAUCUUUGAAUACAUGCCUUUCCAAAUGUACAAAAAUACCUAUCUGGUAAUACAAGCAGAGUAUUGGCUGCUAUCCUUCGUUAAUAUCUAUACCUUCGCGACAACCUUCGAGCGAUUUCACUCCUACACAUAUUUUGCGGUUCUCUCAUGUCUGACGUUCCUCGGAAGUCUUUUCUGUUACUUCUUCGUCGUGGAAACUAAGGGAAAGAGUCUCAUCCAGCUGCAACUACAGUUUGGUGGUAACCCUAUAGGCACACGUGGCGCCCUCUACCACCAGAUUCGACAGACGCUGUAAAAGUGGGACGGGUUAAAUAAAGCAAAAAUUAGAAA